CGCCUGCCUAUUGGCGAAGGACGGCCGGGUUGUAAACGCGCAUGUGCCGUGGCGGGCUUGUUUGAUUUUUAUUCAGGCGAAGACGGUAAAGAGUCGCGGAGUUGGAGGAAGGGGAGUCCCGUUCGGGCUGGAUCAAUUUUCAAGACAUGCAAUCUGCUUCUAUAUGUGGAAAAAAGGCUGAGACGUUGGAAAAUGCAUAUAACCAAGAGAUAGUGGCUGCUGAAUGCUUUGUCAAACCAGAUAAUGUUGCUAGUUGUAGCAAAGCGAUCCCACUUGAAAUGACAACCAGUCAUUCAGAGAUGUUGGCCGAGACUAGCAAACAAAAAUGCCAUCCACAAAAUAAUCUGAAGAAUGAGUGUCCCCAUGGGCUUGAAAAAGCAUCCUCACAGAGUAUUGAUCCUGAAACACACGGUGCUUCAACUUCAUUUAAUGUAUCCUUUGGACAGCUCCCUACCCCAAAAGUUCCACGUCGCUCCAUUAAUCGCUACAGUCUGAAACUAGGUGUUAAUCGCCGGAAGUCAUUGCCACCUUUUCAGAUCAAUAUUUUGGAAUUGAGUAAGGCAAUCAGCCUGGAUUUGCCAGAAGCUGAGAGAAUGGCAGCACUCCUUCUUUCUAGUUUCCAGUACUCUGCACAAAAGCUUGAGCAGUCUCUAAGGCCCAUUGAAGGCUUUGAUUUUGAAACUUUUCAGCAGAAUGUGAGCUCACUUUCAGAAGAGCUGAGGCUCCAUACAAAGAAACUGAUUUUCAAUGGAAUGGUGCAGAAAUGCUUUGAUGACCCCAAAUGUGGUCUGUCGGAUCCUGCAUUCAAUGAAUUGGUGACUUCCUUAAAGGACACCAUUGUGAGGUUUUCAGCAGAGAAUCAAGCUUGGGAUGAACUACUUCUGUCUUACCAGAAAAAAAUGGAAGACAUAUCCAGGCAGCUAGAGUCAUGCGAGCUGAAACAAGCACCAGAGGAACCUUGCAGCUACCAUGGGGCAUCCCAAGCCCAUGUACUUCAAGCCAAGCCAGAUUAUCAGAAAAUACUGGAUUGUCAAGCAGAAGUCUUUUAUUGCCUAGAGGGAGUGCUUGAUGAAAUCAGUCAGAUAGUGAAAGUUUGUCAGACCUAUGUGGAAGAUACUACAUUAUAUCUCCAGAAGCUAUCAACACAACUUGCCUCAAGAACUUUCCUGAGAUUAGAGAAAUCACCAGCCCGAAAACUUCUCAGGCUUCUCCAGACAAAACCAUCUGUACUGCCACCUCCAAAAGAUUAAAGGAAGUUUCAUUCUAUGUUUGAGCUUAUUUUUCUCCAUGCUACAAUGAACAUUUGGUGAAUAAUGGACAAGCGUAUAAAAAUCUUGCAGUAUUUUUAGCUGCUUUGUCUUGUGUACUGUCUUCAAUAUUCUGAUGCUAUUCAGAAAUAAAUGUUAUACUCCU